GCGAAGGCAUCGCUGAUAUGAUCACAGCCGUCAGGGACAUUGUGAUCAAUCGAUCGUUUUCCUGGGCGCAAUGGGGGAUCAACAAAGCGGUGUCGAUCAGCGUCAGCUUGCUUACUGCCGGGGCCUCCGCGCUCAACACCGCAGCCCAGGUCGCCGCCGCUGGCCUGCAAGGAGCCUUGGAGUUCACGAAGGAGGCCUUGGUACUCGGCGCAAAACUCGUAGCGAAGGCCGGCAUCCUAUCCUGUGUAAAAACGUCCCCACCAUAUACUCAAGAUGGAUAAGUAACUACUAGACAAUUCCGCGAGGGUCGGAACUCGCGCAUGAAAACUGGAGUUGCGCCUCGUAGUAAUCGUGGUAAAUUAAAAUUUCCAAACACAGCUAGAAAAUGACUAUCAUCGGAAGCUGCAUGAAGCAAAUUGUGGGAGUGGGACUGGGAGUGUAGAUUUGCAUGACGAGGAUCGGCUCUGCGGCAGCUGGCACAGGGGGAGGAAAAGUGUUUUGCAGUAGCAUGGCGUGGGGACGGUUUUACACAGGAUACGUCCAAGCGGCAGUGAAGGAGGCCUUUACGCACGUAGCGGCAGUGAUGGUUGCCGAGGGCGCUGGCCCGAUCGUGAAAAGGAUAAUCAACGAGCAUUUAAAGCCGGACGUGUACAGAACUCUUACAAGCUCGCCCGCAGUGGGCGAGUUGAUGAAAGUGGAUGGCGCGGCUGGAAACCGCUUUUACCGCCAGAAGCUGACUCAAGCUGUCGAAUCCCUUCUCUCCCCGGAGAUCGACCCGGAGCAACAGCUGACUACGAUGGCGGGCGACAGCAUCGGGAAUCGCGAGCUGGCCAACGGAAUCAAAACUUACAUCGGAAACGUUGCAAAGGCACUUCGUAUCUUCACAUGAAAACCUGCUCUCAUUACAAGUUUUUCUCUGUCUGCAAAAGGAGAGGAAGAGUGACCGCGCUGUGAUGCUUUUGUACGGUUUUUCUAGAUCAUGAGAAGCAUAAGUGUGACGCAGCGCACCGGCGUUUUUUUGUCUUCUCUCCUGCCAGCAAGUAUCGGUCUUCUCAGAGUCUUCUGACAAUCACUGCAACGAGCGGAAAUACGGCUCUGCGCCGCCCAUGAGAAACCGAUUCCUGUGAGAGAAAGUUUUUUCAUUCCAUAGACCUUCCAGGUCCGUUGGAGGUGGCCGUCCAGCUUUUGGAAAUCAGCAAGGUAGCAGCGCAGAUAACUGGAAUUGUCCACCAACUUGGGCCAGCACUGCAGAGGGCUGCUAACACCAUGCAAACCGAACACAGGAAGAUUUUCAACUACAUCAAAAACCACUACGACGCUGUGUAUACGAC